GCAGGCUCAGCGGCCAUGGCUCAUGGGCCCAGCCGCUCCGCAGCACGUGGGAUCUUCCUGGACCGGGGCACGAACCUGUGUCCCCUGCAUCAGCAGGCGGACUCUCAACCACUGUGCCACCAGGGAAGCCCAAAAUCUCAUCUUUUUGAAGUGCCCCCUCCCUUAGUUUCUGGGCGUGAAGGAAACAUGCACUUUCAUCACCUCAAAGGGUCUAAGAACGUGGGGGUUUGGGAGGGGAGCUGGGGCUUUGCUGAGCGCUUUGAGACAGAAGGGAAUUCCGUCACCUUGCGGCUGGUCAGGAGCUGGGCCGGCACCCUGUGCUAGGAUGUAGUCACUGUAGAAAUAAGUCUGAGGCCCAGCGGUCUCAUUUAAGGAAAAGAAACUGAGGCGAGUCCUCCAGUUUGUCUUAGAUGCAGCAACAUCCUUGCAGGCCUAGCAGAGAGGAGGGGGCUGGGUCAGAGGCAGCUGGUUCUCUAUUGGGGUACUUGGUUUCUCCCCAUUCGCCCUUCCUUCCCCUUUUUCUUUUUUUUGUAUUCGUGUUUUUGUUUUGUUUUGUUUUUGUAUACGGAGGAGCAAGUCAGAACCGACAAAGCGCUCAGAGUCUUUAUGAAUAACUUAGGUCAGAUUUGGAUGUAGAGUUGAUCAAAAUGGGUGGUUGGAUUCUUAUACCAAAUUCCAGGAUCCUGGGUCCUCCCCAACCCCGGGGGUGCUGGGGAGUAAAAUGUCAUCUCUGAUUACUGCCCUUGAAAUUGGACUCCUCCUGUAACUCGCGAAUGAGGUGGGCUGUGAAGGGUAUCGAUGGGAAGAUGUAAAAUGGGCAUAUGGUUUACUAGAAUCCUUCCCACUAGGCUUCAAAGGCUUCUCCAAAACACCAACCAACCAACACCCCAAACAAAAAAUUGCUAUGUGGUCUCCUUCCUUACUCCCUUCCCUGAAGGAGCUGCCAGGCAUUUCUUCCUUCAGGUAUGUAGGCAGGUGUCCUGCACCCUUGGAGGUGUUCCUGAUGCAAAAGGGCCAAGAGCCCUGUGGACUGAUGUAGGAAGAAGGAGGCUUGGAUUUGGAUGUAGGACUGCCUCCUGACUUUCUGGGCGACCAAGUCCAAUCUGAGACUGGACUUCUCUGUGCCUUGGUCUCCUUAUCAGUCUUUCUGGAGCCCCUUUAGGAGAACAAAAGACUGUACACACACAAGUACUUUGUGAGGAGGGGGCAAAACUUGAAAGUAUUAUACAAACUUGAAAGUAUUAUACAUACUUAGGGUGCAAGGCACACAAAGUUAGAAGGGCAUACGUAGGGCCUCAGGAUGGAAACAUUUCUAAAGGAGGUUUUUGCAGCAAUUUCUGCUGAGGGGCUGAGAGAGGUGGCCCCAAGAAAUCUUUCUCCCCAGUGCUUUUUUCUCAGCCCUGGAGUCCCAGCCCUCUUUCUUCCGACAGCAGUGAAGGAGCUGUUAGAAUCAUGGUGUUCUGGCCUCUCUGCCAGUCUCUGGCUCAUCUGCUUCCCACCUGCCUCAUUGCUUUUCUGUCAUGUAAUCUUGUAAACUUGCCUUCAAGGGCCCCUGCCUCAACAGUGGGCUCUUAGAGACAGUUUGGGAGAACCACAGGACAGCAUUUUGGUGUCUGGCCAGGCUGCCGGCAUGGGUCAGGAUCUCCCAGAAGUAUCCAGAUUGCCACCUUUUGAUCUUAAGCCCACGAUAGAAAAACGAGUGGUUGAAAUGCCGGUGUAGGGGAUGCAGUUGGGGCUUGAACCCAGCGUGCCUGUCACUAACUUUCUGGGUGACAGGUGCAGGGAGGGGAGGAAAGAGGUUGGGCCUCCCUGAGCCUCAGAGAGAGGAAAGGGGGCAAGCAGCUCAGGGGGAUUUACUCACAGGGAGCAGGGUGAGCAUGGAUGUGCAAGGCACACAAACUUAGAAUCCAGGUGUAAUUAGAGCAGGCUCUCCCUGAUAGUAACAGGUUUUUGAUUUUAUGAGAAUACUUAGGCAUCUGCCAAUCUCCAACCCUAUGCUCUAGAUGCUGUGUGGGGUUCAAAGAUAAAUUAGACAGCCCUUGGCCACAGGUUGUUUAUUAGCUGGGAUUUACAAAUACUUGUAAUCCAAUAGAGACUGGGAAGUACUAGAAGAGUACAAAGUACUGGGGAAAAUCAGAAAAUCCUGAGACAUUCCUUCCAGGGGACUCAGGAAGCUCCGUGGAGGUGGAGAUGUUUAGGCUGGCCCUGAUGGAUGGAUCACAUUUCAGCCCUGAGCACAUGUGCAAAACCUCAGAGGAGGGCAGGCCCAAGACAUGGGUGGGAAAUGGUGCAUAGUGUAGUUUGUCCAGGACAUAGAGAUCUUGAAGAGGAGUGGCGUGUAAAGGAAAGCCAGCGUCCCGUGUUCCGUGGCCCCAGAAAAGCCAGUGUGUAGGCCUCAGCCACCCCAGGUCCGGCGUACGUUCUCCCUGGACACCAUCCUCAGCUCCUACCUUCUGGGCCAGUGGCCACGAGAUGCUGAUGGGGCCUUCACCUGCUGUACCAAUGACAAGGCCACCCAGGUCAGCUGGUCACUCAGAGCUGGCCAUCAAGUGCUGUGGGCCGGCCACUCCUGGCACUGGGCCCGGGGCCGGGACAGGAGACGGCAGCACAUGCUGGUGGUUGCAGUUACCCCCUCCCUUCUUGCUGGGAGUCUUCUCGCACUCUUCUGGAGGGAGGAAGUGGUCUCACCACAGCUGGAAUGACUGUUGGAGCCAAGUUCCCCCGCUGGUGUUCUCAUCCUGGAGACAGAUGGGACCCUGGGUGCCUGCUCUGCCUGGCCCCCCGUUCUGCUCAUCCCCAGCCCCAUUUCCUCUGCAGGCUCCAGGUGAGACCCCCCUGUCCUGGCAAGAGCUUGAAGGUGAGCGGGCCAGCUCGUGUACACACAAGCGCUCAGCGUCCUGGGGCAGCACAGACCACCGAAAAGAGAUUACCAAGUUGAAGCAACAGCUGCAGAGGACAAAGCUUAGCCGCAGUGGGAAAGAGAAGGAGCGGGGCUCCCCCCUCCAAGGGGACCAUGCUGUGCGGGGAGCACUGAGGGCGUCCCCUCCCAGCUUCCCCUCAGGGUCCGCUGUCCUGCGACUGAGCCCCUGCCUGCACCGGAGCCUGGAAGGGCUCAACCAAGAGCUGGAGGAGGUGUUUGUGAAAGAGCAGGGUGAGGAGGAGCUGCUGCGGAUCCUUGAAAUCCCUGACGGGCACCGUGCCCCAGCUCCCCCCCAGAGUGGCAGCUGUGAUCAUCCCCUCCUCCUCCUGGAGCCUGGAAACCUUGCCAGCUCUCCCUCCAUGCCCCUGGCAUCCCCCCAGCCUUCUGGCCAGACUAGCCGUGAGGAACACCAGGGUGCAGCCGAGGAGCUGACGUCCAUCCCCAGUGACAAAGCUUCCCCUCCAGGCCACCCAGCCUUCCUUGAAGAGGGCAGCCCAUCUCCAGUCCUUGCCUUUGCCUCCUCCCCUCGGCCCAAUCACAGCUACGUCUUCAAACGGGAACCCCCGGAAGGCUGUGAGAGAGUGCGGGUGUUUGAAGAGGCCACGUCCCCAGGUCCUGACCUGGCCUUCCUGACUUCCUGUCCUGACAAGAACAAAGUCCAUUUCAACCCAACCGGCUCGGCUUUCUGCCCCGUCAGCUUGAUGAAGCCCCUCUUCCCCAGCAUGGGCUUCAUCUUCCGUAACUGCCCCUCAAGCCCAGGGUCCCCCCUUCCCCCGGCCAGCCCCAGGCCACCGCCUCGGAAGGAUCCAGAGGCCCCCAAGGCCUCCUCGCUGCCAUUCGAGCCUUGGCAGCGCCCCCCACCGUCAGAAGAGCCCGUGCUUUUCCAGAGCUCCCUGGUGGUCUGAGGGCCCCACCCCCACUUCACCAUGGAGACCAGUGCCUUGGUGGCAGGCCCCUCCCGAGCUCCCUGAGACGGGGGAUGAAGGAGCCCUUCCCUCCUGGCCUUUGAGCACUUUCAUGUAUUGUGUCAAAGCCCUGGGUCCUCUUCCCGAUGGACCCCUGCCCCUUCGAAUGUGAGGGGACCUGCCUCCUCCACUAGCAGCUGGGCAGCUCACGAGUCACACCCGUGUUCUUGUCACCUUUCUCACUUGGUGGAAAACUCACCCAGAAGGUCUUGGGUCCCCCACCCCUGGGUGUGAGUCCGAAGGACUGUGUAUGGGGCCCUUGUCUUUAUCAUGGAGCAAGCUGGCCAUGAUUAAAGGAGAGCGGACACCACAGAUUUCCUUACCUCUCCUCCCCAGGCACAGACGAGGAGACCCGAUCCUCUCAGUCCCAUCCCCCUACCUCCCUCUCAUUGGAGGAGCUGACCAAAGCAGCCCGAAAGGGCCAUAACACUUGACCAAUCCAGCUGCUGGCAGAGGGGGAACCAAGCGUUUUCCUAAGUGGCAUUUUCAUCUCGCUUUCACCCUAAGAUUGUCUUAAGCAGCAGCCCAGCCUGCCCAGCCCCAGGUGGGUAGUAGGGGAGAGGGAGAGCUGGCAUUCCUCCGGGUGGCAAGUGGUGACUCUCCACCCUCCACCUGCCCCAGGACUGGGUUGGAUUAGAAAAAUGCCUAUUUUUCUUGUAUCGAUGUAGAAACUCUAUUUUCUCCCAAAGACACUAUUUUUGCAGCUGUUUGAAGUUUGUAUAUUUUCCAUACUGCAGAGCUUACACAAAAUCGAAGAAGAAUGUUAAUGUUCAAGUUUUAUUAUCCUGUGUUUAGAAGUUGUGUUUUUUUGUUUGUUUUUUGCAGAUCUUGAUGUUAAUAGACCAAAUAAAUAAGUAUACCCAGCA